UGGCACGAAUAUUCAUAUUCUUUAUCAUCAUUAUCUAUAUGGUGUUUGUGUCCAAAUCUUUUGCACAAGAUGAUUUCGGAACUGGUGAUUACACUGAUACUAAUGGAGGUGAUGAUGAUUAUGAUAAUAAUGGUGGUGGUGAAGAUGACUAUGAUGUAGAUGGUGGUGGUGGUGGCGAUGGAUUUGAACAGGAUCCAAUAACAACAACGACGACGACUACGACAACAACUACAAGACGGCCAAUUACGAAUCGGCCACGUCCGCAACCACGGCCUCAACCUAGACCGCAACCACGGCCUCAACCUAGACCGCAACCACGGCCUCAACCUAGACCGCAACCACGGCCUCAACCUAGGCCACAGCCACGGCCUCAACCUAGACCACAGCCACGGCCUCAACCUAGACCUACAACACAACCACGACCUAGACCUAGAACACGACCAUCAGUAACACGUCGUCCAUCGGUUACUAUAAAUCCAGUUACAAUAAGCACAACAAAUUUACCGUCAUCAUCAUCAUCAUCAUCACCAUAUCCGACGCCAAGUACGAAUUAUUAUGGUGGUGUAACGUAUGGUUAUAAUGGAUAUGAUCCACAAUUUAAUUCAAAUCCAAAUGUCGGUAUAAGACCAUGGUCAGAUGGAACCUAUCGUGAAGAGGAUACGGCAUUGAAUCGAUUUAUACAUUUUUUUCCUACAUUGAUUGAUGAUUUCAACAAUAUUGGACGACGAGAUUCUUAUAUUGAUUUUGCACGUUUUCAAUUAAAUCGUUUUAUUGAUAUAUUUCGUUCACGUGGUUAUGAUUUACAUAAUCAUUUUUAUCAUUGUACACAACGUGUUGAUGGUUGUCGUUUCGUGGCACGUGCAAUGCCACAAACAACAACAACAAUUGAUCCAUUUCUUUUUACAAUCAAUCCUUCAACGAUUUCAACGAUAAAUUUUGAACCACUUCGUGAACAAAUUCAAACAUCGACACCAACAACAGCAACAACAACAACUGUACGACCAAAACGAUUACGACAGUCAAAUAAAUGAUUUUUAUUCUUGAAA